GCGGCGAUUGCUUGGUCUGUUUAGUUUAAAAAUAGUAAAUGCAACGAACUUUAGUGUUUUACUGGCCCACUCUUGAUGACAAGACCUGACAGCUGGAGCAAUGAGCUUGGUAAACGACAUGCAAGUCACCCCGAGCCCCAGUUUGGUUGCCACGAGUCGUGGCGACCUGGAAAAGGUUAUGGCCAUGCUCGUCCUGGGACUGGGAAGCCUUUUGUCCGGAAUGCUUCCCGCCUGUAUUUCUGAAAGGAAUCGUCGCCGCUUUCCGCUGACCACAUCGCUGCUCCUUUGCUUCGGGGCAGGCAUCCUGCUGGCCACCGCACUGGUUCACAUUCUGCCCGAGGUGCGCGAGCAAAUGGACUCGAAAUUCGCCGAGGUGGCCAUGUGCGGCGGCUUCUUCAUCAUCUACUUCAUCGACGAGUUCAUACACUACUUCUUUGGCGAGGCCAUCCAGCAUACUCACUCCCAGGCACCAGAGACUCAGCCUGUGAGGCGACCCACCAAUGGAUCUGGCUACGGCGCAGUGGGUGAGCGGGCGCCUCUUUUAUCAGCGGAGCCUUCGUCACACGGUCAUUCGCACCACCACAAUGACCACGAUCAUGACCACGAUCACCCGUACAGAGCAUCCGGCUGCGAUGAGGCCAGUGUCGAGGACGCCAACGCCCGCAUCUGCCACACCAGCCACACGGAACCCUGUGCCCAGUCCAUGACCGGUACCCUGGGCCUCUUUGUGGCCCUCUCCCUGCACUCUGCCAUCGAAGGAUUGGCUAUCGGAGUCCAGAAUUCGUCCACAAAGGUUCUAUUUCUUCUGGGGGCCGUCGCCUGUCACAAGUUUGUGAUGGGCUUUUGUCUGGGACUCGAGUUCCGCUCGAAUCCACAGACAAGUUUUCGCGCCCAAUUCGUCGGCAUCUCGGUGUUUGCUCUGGGAGCCGUUAUUGGCAUUGGCCUGGGUAUGCUUAUCGUGGAUGUGCCCUCCGCCUGGUCCAGCAAAACUCUCCCCAUCAUUCAGGCUCUGGCGGGAGGUACACUCUUCUACGUCACUGUCUGCGAAGUGAUUCCGCGCGAGAAGGCGCGCUGGCACUCGAAUAGCACACGACGCUGGGCGGGAUUUGCUCAGUUCGCAACUGUGGCCGCCGGCUUUGCCACGAUGUGCAUCAUAAAUUUUUAUCUGUCUGAUGAGUAAUAUGAAUCUGGCCUACGGAACCUUGCGCUGUGACUUAAUGUGCCGCUUUUUAAACAUUAAUAGAAAUAUGAUAAUUUUAUGCAUUGGCAGCUGUUAGUUUUUUAUGUAAGACCCCUCUGUUAUGUGCAUUCCAAAUGAAUCUUUAAUAGCCAUAAUAUAAGUUAGAAAGUUCAAAGCACAAA